AUGCUGCUGACCGUGUUGCUGCAUUCCUUGCUGCUGGCAUGGGCGACUCGUCCGUCAUGGGCGCGGCCCGCAGCGUGUGAGAUCGACGGCGUGCGCAUCGACCACGGGGGCGCGAGGUACCUGCUCGGCCGCGCGCACCGGCCCGGCAGCAUCUACGCGCGCUGUCUGUACGGGGCCGCGACGUGCUUCGAGGACCGCGGGCUGGUGGACGCCCCGCAGUGGAUCAACAGCCGCGAGGUGGACUGCUUCGAGGCCUCGGAGCGCCGCCGCCUGGGUGUCGCCAUCAUCCUGGAGGAGGACAUCUGGCCCGACCACAUCGUGUGGUACCGCAUCAACGGCUCCUUCUCGGCCUACGAACUCGAGGUCAUCAACACGGCCGUGGAGCUCUACAGCAAGGCGGACGUGAACGUGACGCUGCAGGAGUGCGAGCCCGUGUCCAAGUGCAACGGCAAGUACGUGAGCAUCGAGCAGAACGAGGACGCGUGCUACGGCAUGGUGGGCUACGUGAACGACGGCAAGCCGCAGAUCAUGAACUUGGGCGAGAGCUGCUUCGCCGGCGGCCCGGGCAACGUCGUCCACGAGAUCGGCCACGCCAUGGGGCUCUACCACGAGCACACGCACCCGGACAGAGAGGUGAUCGUGCUCACGGACCAGAACCUGCCCGUGUCGGCCGAGAACUACGCCAAGACCAGCACUCGCGAGGCCACUCUCAAGCCGUACGACCCCAAGUCCAUCAUGCACUACGGCCGCACUGCGGGCCUCUGCUUCCCCAAGGCGCAGUACCCGCUCAAGUCCUUCUGCGACGUGGAGACGGUCAAGAACUGCGUCCAGCCAGUGGAGCAGCACUGCAACUCCAGUCGGGACUCGGAGAUCGGCACCCGCGCAGUGCUCAGCGCCGGCGAUAUCUACACGCUCCGCAUGCUCUAUGGCUCGAAGGACAACGCUACGGUGCGCGAUGUGAAGAUCCCGACUGUGGUCUCGUCCACUGCUGGGAGUGUGGGCGCUCCGGACUCGAUCUCGGACAUGGUCAAGCACACGCGGAAGCCGAAAGCUAGCGCUGCGGCCACGGAGUCGAGAUCUGCGGCCAAGCAAGAGACCAACUCGAAGUCGAGCUUGCAGUCGGUUGAUCCGAACUAUAAGCCGGGUGGGGUCCACGCCGAAAGCAGCGGGUCAGUGGCGGAGAUGCUCGAGUGGUGGGAAAAUCUGGAGAAUACGAUCGAGAUCCAAAAGAAGAGAGCGUCCACGUCCUCAAAGCGAGCGCUAGCCGAAGAGUACACGCAGACAUAG